CGCUCCUCCCGCCGAGGACGGGCUUCCUUGGGGCGGCCCAGGACGGGCUUCUCCUCCCACCGCCUGCGCUGAUCUCCCGCGAGCAGGGGCGCUGUCGUCCUCGCAAUGCCAAUGCAAACUGUCGAAAAAACCAAUGCUGUGAAAGUUGCUCAUUCUGAAGAUAAUAGUGAAAAUACAGAUGGAUCAGAUUCAUCAGAUGCAGUUGAGUGGGACCCAUGGAACCCUCCAUAUCCUCCUCGUCCUGCUUUUCCACCGACGGCAGACUUUAUGACCAAAUUGCAAAUGAUCAAACAGCAUGGAUUUCGAAUACAGGCUGCACUUGCUGCCUCCAGGUCCACAAAUAUAAUUGCCCCAGACCGUACUCCUCAGGUGGUGCUCGGUAAUUUUUGCAAAAUAUCCGGUGAACUAGAGCUCAUCCUCAAAAGAGAUAGUGUUCGGAGCUUCCUCAGGCUGUAUAAAGAAAAUGUGGAUUGCAUGGCUUGGGGUUAUAUCAUCACCCCUCAAACAUUAAACUUGAUUAUUGCACGCAAUGCCCUGCGGUGUGCUAAGCUUGUUUUGGAGGGCAAGGCGCCUGCGUUCUGCCAGAUGCGUGCCAACCCGAACUGCAUGACCAGCUCCGGAUACUUCCCCCUCCAUCAAGCUGCUGAAAAUUUCUCUGUUGACAUGAUUAAGUUGCUGCUUCGCUAUGGCGCAUCAGCAAAUUUACGCACAUCGGGGGAAAAGGUCAUCGAGGGCCUCCUCCCUCUCCAUGUUGCCAUUGAGGACACUUGCAUGCACAAGUAUCUGGAGGAUAAUCUAUUAACUGACCAAAAGCACAAACAAGUGGAUUUUGGCUUCAUCUACAAGCUUGUCCAUCUGCUUUGUCUACCUGAGAUGAAGAUCUUCUUGGCCACGACUAGACUGCUUGCAGACUACACGGAUAAUCUUCUUGAUGAGCUAUGGAAUUACAUUAAGGAGGGAAAGCUUGUCCAUGCAGCCAUUUUGCUCCUUGCAGCACAACGGAGAAUUCGUACAUGUGCUUCUUCUAAUAGAAACAUCAAGCAUAACCCGAGUGGGUUUACUAUUAUCAAGGAUCGUAUCAUGGGAUUCAUUGUUUCCAUAGAAACAGAAUGGCCUGGAUUAACAAGCGGUAGAAAUAGCAAGGCAUAUAGGCAGCUGGAGGAGAAGCGGAUGUUGUUCUGUAAUGCAUUGGUGCUUAAUUCUAUGAUUUCUGAAGCUGGUGAAGCUCUUGAUGAAUAUAUCCAGACUCAUUCAGAGGUAUCUCACAGGGAGAUCCUUGAAAGUGUUUCAUCAAUUCUCAAGGAUCAUGGUUUUGAUUCUGCUGGAAAAGGAAUAAACAUAGGAGAGCUGAAAUGCUGCCCCUAUGACUGCGGAGAGCCGGAUAGUCUGCUAAAGUCCAAGCAUGAAAAAUAUUUCAUGACCGAGGCAGGUGGAGAAUCUCCUAAUCUGAAUAUGGAAGCUAAAAAUGUGUUUUUUGGGGGGUAUUUGCAUGUUGAGAUUGUCGGGGGCAAAGGUCUCUAUAAUCCCAGUUCUUGGAGAGUUUUUUUGGACCAGUGGAGUUAAAUAUCGCUGACUUGUGGAUUUAAAGUCGAAAACACAGAUGUUUUUUUUUUGUUACUUUGAAAUCUGAUUUAGUUGCAUGAUUCCUGAUUUGGUAAACUCUAGUAUCUGUGGUUUGUACAAUCUGCACCAGUAAUUAUGCUUAUGGAAUGGUUGACCUGUCUAAUUUAAACAACUUCACAGCGGGUUUAUUAUGGUUUGUGUCAUUGUGCUAGCUAGUAAUUUAUAUGCAGGUUUUUACACCUGGAGAGGCAGGGGGAUUUGCUGUAUGUGGUUGCAACUGGAAUUUGGAUUGCAGAGAUGAAGUGGGGAAAAUAAACGUAUUAUUUUACAGAGAUAUUAAUUGGAUUGAUAUUUUAGUUUUAAUUACCUGUGUUAGAUUCUGGCUAUGCAAUAUUUGAACCAAACACCAGCAUCGUCAAGUCCUUUUUGAAAAUUAAUAUUUACUUAUGAUCGUCCAAUUCAAUUGUGCUGUUUUGGUUUGGUUAGGUCGUAACUGCGUACAUAAAUUUUGUUACUGACUGUCUGCCAGUAAUCGUUUGGCUAACUAUCUGGCUGCUUUAGCCUUGCCUGAACUCUCCCAUCUGUUUCUGGCAUUGCAAGAAUUCUCCAGUCUGUUAUACCCACUCCCUUCUGAUAUAAUGCUAAAGCUGCCCGGCAGCAAGUCUCCUGCCCAGCCUGCCAUGUUGGUGUGUGGUCCUUGCUGGUCAAUGUUUAGUGAAAAACUAGCCUUCCCAAGUCAAGUUUUAGGAUGUGGUCAGCUGUUCCCAGAUGACUGAAUGAUUACUUUAUCAUUAGUAGUUGACAAAACAACAGUGAUAUGUUUAUACUUCCGAGUGUUGUCUUCGUAUUGAAGUUUUUGUUGCAUGGUUUCUGAGAUCCAGA